UGUGGCGGGGCUCGCCUGGCUAAACCUCUUUUGGGAUUCAGGCUUCGGCUCGCAGCCAGAAUCACAGGAUCCAGGCUCGGCCAGGCUGAGGCAGCCCACAGCGUGGGUAUAUUUUGGUCCGCAGACCGGAGCACAUGGGAGGCGUGGGCACCUCGAGUCGGAGCUCCCGCCGCCAGCUGGGGGCGCUCGGGUGCCCUUACCAAGGCCGGGAAUAGUGAGUCACCAGCAGGUAACUUACUGCUGCAGCCCCCGGAAACGCUGCGUUCAGCUCAUUGGUCGGUCUAUAAGGGGGACGGGCGGGCCAGUGAGCCAAUCGGAGACCUGAACUCCACCCGCGUUGCGUCACUGGAGCGCGCAAAUGCGCGCGAGCACCUGGCUCCUGAUUGGCGGCGCAGAGGGGCGGGCGGCGCGGAGGGGCGGGGCCGCGGCGCUGACAGUUGUCGGGGGAGGGCGAGCGGGCGAGGGGCGGGAGUGUAAAUAGAGCGAGGGGAAGCGCUGCAUUCCCACCCCCACUCCGCCCGACACCUGCGGGCACCGGGCGAGGAGCUUCGGAGGGCCAUGGAUGAAGACGAGCAAGAGCGGCGGCGCAGGAAGGUCGAGGCCGGAAAAGCGAAGCUUACUCACUUCCGGCAGAGAAAAACAAAAGGUGACAGUGCGAAUUCGAAGAAAAAGACGGCGAAGAGGAAGGGCACGGCUUUCGAUGCGCCUGUCCCGGAGGAGAGUCCGGUAGUCUCCCAGGAUGAUGGGCUUCUUGGAGCAGGGGUUGUUUGCAAGAGUGCGACAUACAGCGACACCCCAAAUGGGGCCAGAGGGUCAUUUUCAGCUCAGGAGCAAGAACAAGAUAAUGAACUGGUGAGAGAACCUAAGGAUGAGGUUGAGCAGCAGCCGCCACCACCACUGCCACUGCCUCAGAUAGUGCCUACCCUUGAGCUGGAAGCACUGCGCUUGAGCCUGAACAACAUGCACACAGCACAGCUGGAGCUGACACAGGCCAACUUGCAGAAGGAGAAGGAGACAGCUCUGUCAGAACUUCGGGAAAUGCUCAAUGGCCGGCGGGCACAAGAGCUGGCUUUACUGCAGAACAGGCAGCAGUGUGAAUUGGAGCUGGUGCGGGAGCAGCAUGCACAAGAGAAGGAGGCAGUGCUUCUCCGCUGUGAGCAGGAGACAGCUGAGCUGAAGGAGAAGUUACGGUCAGAAAUGGAGAAAAAUGUCCAGAUGAUGGAGAGCCUGAAGCAAGACUGGGAAUCUGAAAGACAGUUAUGCUUGGAAAAUCUACGCAAAGAAUUAUCAGCAAAGCACCAGUCAGAAAUGGAAGAUUUGCAAAAUCAAUUUCAGAAAGAAUUGGCAGAACAGAAGUCUGAAAUGGAAAAUAUUUUCCAAGCCAAGAAUGAGGCUGAAGUUUCUCUGAAGAACCUGGAAGCUCAGCACCAAACAGCCAUCAAGCAGUUACAGGAAAACCUGCAGCUGGAACACUGCCAGUAUUUGCAAGACUUGGAGUUGAAAUUCAGAGAAAAAGAAAAAGAAAAACAGUUGGAGUUAGAGACUCUACAGGCAUCCUAUGAAAACCUGAAGGCCCAAUCACAAGAAGAAAUUAGGCACCUGUGGUCCCAGCUCGAGACUGUGAGAAUCAACAGAGAGGAACUGAAUGAGUCAAGGGAGCCACUCUGUGCACAAGCAUCUCAUCUGGAGGAGUUGGAGCAUCUGCGAUGGGACUUUGCUCGACAGCAGCAGCAGGAUAGAGCCCAGCAUGAGUGUGAACUAGAGCAGUUGAGAGUCUAUUUUGAGAAGAAAUUGAGGGAUGCUGAGAAGACUUACCAAGAAGACUUGACCCUGUUUCAACAGCGGCUACAGGAGGCAAGGGAGGAUUCUCCUCCAGGGUCUGCAGAGGUCAGUUCAUCCUGUAUAUUUUUAGAGGAGACAUCUGGAAGAGAAAGAAAAGAGCACCUUGACCAACUUGACCUUCAGCUUGAACAGCAGCAGGAGACCCUGAUAUGUUUACCGGCACAGGUGGAAGAAGACCGUGGGAGCAAGUCAGAGGUGUCAAGUGCCCUCCAUGUCCAUCUGGAAGAGGACGAAUCAGAUAGAUGCUUCAAGUCUGAGGUGGUGGAGCUGGAACCACUCCUGUCCAUACCUUCAGACCAGCAUAGUCAAGACCUCGUGCAGGUACAUCUCCAGUAUAGGCAGGACACAGCAAUGGAGGUAGAUGCACAGGUGGCAGCUAGAAUCCUGGGUUUGGAAGCUGAGCACAAGGUUAAACUUUCACUUCUCCAAACUGAGCUCAAGGAACAAAUUGAACUCUUAAAAAUAGAAAAUAGAAAUUUACAUGAGAAGUUACAGCAUGAAACUCAUCUGAAAGAGGACCUGGAGAAUGUAAAACAUUCUCUAGUUGAAGACCACAAAGAAGAAUUAAAUAAAGCAGAGGAGAAGAUUCAACUAAUGAAACAAGAAUUAAAAAAGAAAGAAGUCGAGUGGGAACUUUCACAGCAGGACCUAAAGAAGGGAGCUGAAGAGAGAUUAGCCUUGAUGCUUCUUGAGCUGAGAGAAAAGGCUGAGUCUGAGAAACAUUCCAUAAUAAGAAGAUUUGAGCUUCGAGAGAAGGCUAUGAAGCACCUUCAAGACCAACAGACAGCCCAAAUCCUGGGCCUGGAGAAGUCUCUGAGGGACCAGCAGGGCCGCCUGCGGCAGCUAGAACAUGAACUUGCUGGGGAUGAGGCCCUGUUGUGCAGCCAGUGUGGCCCGGAGCCUUCUGAGGCUGAGGAAGGGGAAUGUACCCUGCUCCCCCACGAGGAGGAGGACUGUGCCCUCCAGCUGAUGCUGGCUCGGAACAGGUUUUUGGAAGAGCGUAAAGAAAUUAUGGAGAAGUUUGCUGCAGAACAAGAUGCCUUCCUGCGGGAUACCCAGGAGAAACACACUCAUGAGCUCCAGCUCCUGCAGCAGGAACACCAGCAGCAGCUUCUCUUAUUAAGGACAGAACUGGAGAAGAGGCACCAGGCUGAGCUUGCUGAGCAGAGAACUUCCCUGGAGAGUGAGGAACGGGUGCUUUUUGAGACUCGUGUAGCUGAAUUGCAGGUGAAACAUGCUGCCGAAAUCAGUGCUCUGGAGAUGAGACACUUGUCAAAUCUGGAUGCUUUGGAAUCCUGCUACCUGGCUGACAUUCAGAGUGUUCAGGAUGAGCAUAGGAAGGCUCUUGAGCUUUUGCAAGUAGAACUUACAGAACAGCUGCAGAAAAAGGACUCUUGUCACCAAGCAAUUUUGACCCAGGAGUUGGAAAAACUUAAAGUGAAACAUGAUGGGGAGCUUCAGUCUAUAAAGGACAAUCUGAGAGUUGAAACGAGUGCUAAACAUUCAGAGCCACCUACAGCCCUGCCUGUCGAGGUGCAGGGUGGACCCCAGGAGUUACCGGCUUUAGCCCUGCAUGAUCAGAGGUGCCUGCUGGAAGAAGAUCAGGUUGCAGCCUUGGACAGGGUAGACACUGAAGUCCUAUUCCUAGAGGGCCAGCACCAGGCUACUUUGCAGCAUCUGGGAGAGGUACAUGCAGUUGAGACACAGAAGUUACAAGCAGAGCUGGCCAGGCCCCAGGAGGGGCAGGGACAGGCUGCUCAGCUGAAAGACCAAGUCUUAUCCUUACGUCAAGAGAUAGAACAGUGCCACACUGAGCUGGAGAGGCUGCAACAGAGGCGUGAGAGGGAGAACCAGGAGGGGGCCACCCUCAUCUGCAUGCUCAGGGCAGAUGUGGACCUGUCUCAGAGUGAAGGGAAAGCACUCCGUGAUGCCCUGAGGAGGCUGCUGGGUUUGUUUGGAGAAACACUGAAGGUAGCUGUUGCCCUGAAGAGCCGGAUUAGUGAGCGUGUGGGUUUUUUCCUGGACCACAUGAGUGCCACAGAAACAGGCCAAGCUCCAGAAGCAGCUCCAGCACUUGAUGAAAUGUGGUCUGAUACUAUCCUGCUAGAAUUGGAUAGAACUUUGCCUGAAGGAGCAGAGAUGUCUUCAGUGGCUGAAAUUAGCAGUCAUGUCUGUGAAAGCUUCUUACUGAAUCCUGAAAGUACUCUGGAAUGUGAGCAGCCCAUUAGGAAAUUCUACCAGAGCCUUGGCAUGGCUGUUGAUGGACUCCUAGAGAUGGCCUUAGACUCCUCCAGACAGUUAGAAGAAGCACGUCAGAUACAUUCUCAUUUUGAGAAAGAAUUUCUCCACAAGAAUGAAGAGACUGCACAGUUGGUGCAGAAGCAGCAGGAGAUGCUGGAACGCUUGCAAGAGGAGAGUGCUACCAAGGCUGAGCUGGUGCUUGAGCUGCACACAGCUGAAAGCCUCCUUGAAGGGUUCAAGGUGGAGAAAGCUGAUCUUCAGGAGGCACUUGGCCAAAAGGAGGAGUUGGAACAUCAGCUGGUCCUGGAGCUUGAAAGCCUACGACAGCAGCUGCAGCAGGCAGCCCAGGAUCUGGCUGCUCUGAGGCAGGAGAAUGCCACCCUGUGGAGCCAGAAGGAAGCCUUGAUUGCUGAAGCAGAGGCAAGGGAAGCUGGCAUUCCUGUCUCUGCUGCCCACAAGAACUCAGCACUACAGAAGGAAAUGGAAUCUCUAACCAGGGAGCAGUCAGAAGCCAGGAAGCAGUCGGAGAAGGACCGGGCAUCUCUGCUGUCUCAGAUGAAGAUUUUGGAGUCUGAGUUGGAGGACCAGCUCUCACAGCACCAGGGUUGUGCUCAGCAGGUGGAGGAGGUGGCUACUCUAAAGCAGCAGCUACUUGCCCUGGAUAAGCACCUGCGCAGCCAGCGGCAGUUCAUGGAUGAGCAGGCUGUUGAGCGUGAACAUGAGCGUGAAGAGUUCCAGCAGGAGAUCCAGAGGCUGGAGGAGCAACUCCGGCAGGUGGCCCGGCCACGGUUGCCAGAUCCCCUUGACAGCCAGAUUGAACUGUUACAAGAAAAACUGCGAGAAAAAUCAGAUGGAUUUAAUGAAUUGGUCAUAAAAAAAGAGUUAGCAGAUCAACAACUUCUCACCCAGAAAGAAGAAAUAAAACACCUUGAGGUGACACAUGCCAACACCCAAAGACAAAUGGCUCAGCUUCAGGAAGAACUAGAAAAGCAGAAAAAAACUGUGAAAGAACUGCAAGAUAAAGAGGCACUAAAGGGACAGCAGAUGAGUGAUUCUCUGCUAAUGUCUAUGUCACAGUCUACUCUCAGUGAAGGCAGGUGUCCCAUGCCACCUUUGGGACACUCUUCUGAAGAUUCAGAAGUCCAGCUAGAGACAACACAGAGAAAGCUCCUGCAGCAUGAGACUGAGAAGCAGCUAGAAAAUACUAAGUUUGACUUAGUACAUAAAAAUGAAGAAAUACUACAUCUGAACUUAAAACUGGAGAAUAAUCCUGCUGUGGUCAGCGUCCAAGAACUACAAGAGGAAAAUGCCAGUUUAAAGAUUGGGUACAGCAGCUCUGAAGUUGAAGAGUUAAAAGCCAUUAUUGAAAAUUUACAAGAGAACCAAGAGCGAUUACAGAAGGAUAAAGCAGAAGAAAUUGAGCAGCUCCACGAAGUCAUUGAGAAGCUGCAGAGUGAGCUAACCUCCAUGGGGCCUGUGGUACAUGAACUUAGUGACUGUCAAACUGACAGCCUCCACAGAGAGCUGCUCUGCUUCCAGGCUGAGGGGCCAGGUGGGCAGGCACUGCGGGCUGAGCUUGAAGCUACACUCUCAGCCAAGGAAGCCCUGAGCCAGGUGCUGGCUGAGCAGGGACAGGGGCACAGUCAGGCCCUGGAGGCUCUGCAGCAGCGCCUGCAAACUGCAGAGGAGGCUGCCACACAGCAGCUGGCUGAACUGGGACGCAUUGUGACCCUCAGGGAGGCUGAGGUUGAGGUCAUGGCCUCCCGCAUUCAGGAAUUUGAAGCUGUCCUGAAGGCAAAAGAAGCAAUCAUUGUGCAAAGAGAUCUGGAAAUUGAUGCUAUGAAGAGGCGGGGAGUGGCUCAUUCAGUGGAGCUGGAGGCUCUCCUACUGGCCUUGACACGCUUCUGCUAUGCUCUGGAACGGCAGCCUCUGGCUGCACCAGAUGAGCCUCCUGAGCUACAGCAGCUCCGAGUACAGUGUGCCCGCCUCAGCCGCCAGCUGCAGCUGCUACACCAGCAGUUCCUGAGAUGCCAGGUGGAACUGGAUCAGCAGCAGGCCCAUGGAGUGCCUGGUGGUCCCACACAUUCUUGCAUGGACUCACAGAUUGAGCAACAUGGCUGGUUGGAGCAGGACAACAGCAGCAACAUCCAGCCAGCAUUGGCCUCCUAUAAUCAGGGCCCACAGGACAAUCUGCAGCCUACCGAAUUACUGGUGACACCAAAGGACUCUGGUGUCCACAAAGCAGAAAGUAUGAUCUCAGUGCUCACUGUGUGCCAGAGGCAGCUGGAAGCAGAGCUGCUCUUGGUGAAAAGCGAGAUGUGCUUGAACACAGAUGAUAGAAGCUGGAUACCAGAAGGGAUGCAGGGUAAGGAAAAGCAAGUAGAAGAUUAUCAGCUGCAUAAAGUCAACCUCAUAGCUCAAGUGAAACAACUUCAGAAAAAACUGAACCAAUUGGUAUGUUCUGUGGCCUUCCAGGACAUCAACACUGAACAUCCUAAAUUCCAGCAGUGCUCAACAUUGCAAUGCCUGUUAGAAAAUGGUUCAGAUGAUGGCUUCCAUAACAGCGAAGACACAGAUGGGUCACCUCUUGUUGACACGUUUGACAUCGAUAAAUCCACACAGGACCUCAUUGGUGGAAAUAAAAGUAGAAAUUUUUUGCUAGACAAUAAAAUCCCAGCUUUUCCCACUCAAGAAAAGUUAGCAUUACAGGAUGGGCCUGUUUCCUCACAAACCAAUAUGCACAGAAGCUCCUGCCACACUGAGGGGGUUGAGCCCCAGAAGGACCCAGUGAGGGCCAUGGACCUGUCUUGUUGGAGCUCUCCUGAAGUCCUCCGGAAGGACUCAACACUAGAGCCUCAGCCCAGCCUCCCCCUGACACCCUGCUCGGGGGCUGUGAGCCUGCGCAGCACUGACACCACCCCAAAGGACUGGAAAGACUCCCCACUGUGGGCUAAUGCUUCAGAGCUGCCUUGUCACCCAGGAACAAGCCCACAGUGGGCAGCAGCUGUACCGGCUGAGCACCACCAUGUGGAGACAGCCCUGGAGAAGGACGUUGAAGACUUUAUCAUAACAUCAUUUGAUUCUCAAGAACUGUUAAGAUCUCCUCCUCUCGGGUUAGAAAGAAGAAGCAAUGGGAGUGGAAACAGUGAUGGCCCAGGCACUGAUGUGGCACUGACACCAGGCUCAGUAGGACCUGAGGGUCUCACUACUGGCUCUGUUGCUGCUGCUUCUGCUUCCAACUCUGGAGGGUCCCGACAGCCUCUAGGAGGAGCAAUGAAGGAGAAAGAAGUCCACGGGAAGCAUGUGAAGGCUUUGCUGCAGAUGGUGUUCGAUGAGAGCCAUCAGAUACUGGCCUUGUCAGAGAACCAAGAUCUCCCCAGUGCUCUGAGCAGGGGUGAACCACGUGCCUUCCUAGAUGACUGUCCAAGGGAGAGGCAGGGGCUGUUGGAGAUGGCACCUGAGAAAGAAGAAAAGGACCCUUCUGACACAUGCCUUGCCUGGAGUGAGGAACUUUUGCAGGCUGUGCAAGAAGCAUUUGAGAAACAGCUGCAGCCCAGAUCUUGCAGCUCAGACCUGCAAGAUUACAUCAGGAGGCUGGAGAAGAUUAUCCAAGAGCAAGGAGACCUGAAGGAGAAGUCCCAGGAGCAUCUUUCCCUGCCAGAUAGGAGCAGCCUAUUGUCUGAGAUCCAGGCCCUUCGGGCCCAGCUGCGCAUGACUCACCUGCAGAACCAGGAGAAGCUGCAGCAGUUAUGCACAGCACUGACAAGUUCAGAGGCCCGAGGGAGUCAGCGGGAGCACCAGCUUCGUAGGCAAGUUGAACUAUUGGCAUAUAAAGUUGAGCAGGAAAAGUGUAUAGUAAGCGACUUACAGAAAACCCUGGGCAAAGAACAAGAGAAAGUAAGUGAGGUCCAGAAGCGCCUGGCCGUGGAGCAGAGCACAGUGCAGGAGCUAAAGUCGGAGCUGCAUGAGUGUAAACAGGAGAACUCAAGGCUGUUGGAAUCCCUUGGUGAGAUGCAGCGGGAAAUUGUCCAGUUGAGGUCCAUGCUGGAUGGAAAGGAGAAGGACCUGAAGACUGCCCUGGAGGAGCUAGAGUGUGAACGAAGGAAGGAACAAGCCCUCCAGGCCCAGCAAGAGGAAGAGCGGCAGCGGCACCUGCAGUGGGAGGGCCAGAACUCCAAGGCCUUGGAGGAGUUAAAAAUAUCUUUAGAGAAACAACGUGCUCAAAAUAAUCAACUGUGUGUUGCAUUAAAACACGAACGCACAGCCAAGGACAACCUGCAGAAAGAGUUGCAGAUUGAGUGUUCACGCUGUGAGGCCUUGCUGGCACAGGAACAGAGCCAGCUCUGUGAGCUUCAGAAGAACCUGGAAGCUGAGAAGAUUCACUCAUUGGAGCUACUGGAGGCCUUACAGCAUGAGCGGCUCUUGACAGAGCAACUGAGCCGCAGUGUGCAAGAGGCCUGUGCUCGCCAGGAGACACAAGGGCACCAUACCCUACUGCGGAAGCUGAAGUCAGAGAAGGCUCGUACACUGGAGCUUCAGGUCAUGCUCGAGAAGAUGCAACAGCAGGCCGCACAGGCACAGCAGCAACUGGAGGCCCAGGCUCAGGAGCGCUGUGCUGAGCUCAGAAGAGAGAAGGAGCGAGAAUUAGAAUUACAGCACCAACGUGAUGAGCAUAAGAUCGAGCAGCUUCAGCAGAAGGUGAAAGAGCUGCGGUGGAAAGAAGAGGUCCCUUGGGGUGAUGCCUCCCAUCUGGGUGCCCUGGAUUUGGACCAUCUCCAGGAACAGCAGCAGGACCUGGAGAAGAUAAGGCAGCAGCUGCUCUGUGUGGUCGGGCUUCUGACUAGCUUUGUCAACCACACUAUGGACAGGACAAUGAAUGACUGGACAUCAUCCAAUGAGAAGGCGGUAUCCUCCUUAGUCCACACACUGGAGGAACUAAAAUCUGAGCUGAGCAUGCCUGCCUCUUCCCAGAAAAGAAUGACAGAGCUACAAGUCCAGCUCAUGGAUGUGCUACUAAAAGACAACAACUCUCUUACAAAAGCUGUCAGCACAGCAACACGGGAGAAAGCAGAGCUGUGCAGGGAAGUGUCCAGGCUGGAGAAGACUCUGAAGCACCAUGUGCAGAAGGGCUGUGCUCUGAGUAGGCCGAGUAGAAGUGUGUGGAAGCAAGAUGGGGCUGUUUUGCAGAGUCCACCAAGACAUUCAGAGCUUGGACAACCCUCGCUGCCUGUAAGUGAGGAGGCAAACACCUGCCACGUCAAGAUGGAAAAAUUAUACUUAUAUUAUCUGAGAGCAGAGAGCUUUAGGAAAGCUCUGAUCUAUCAAAAGAAGUAUCUUUUGCUGCUGAUCGGUGGAUUCCAAGAUUCUGAACAGGAAACCCUCUCCAUGAUUGCUCACUUGGGGGUUUUUCCUUCCAAAGCAGAUAAAAAAGUCACUGAGUCUCGUCCUUUCACGAAGUUCCGCACUGCUGUCAGGGUGGUCAUUGCAGUGCUGAGAUUACGUUUCUUGGUUAGGAAAUGGCAGGAAAUUGAUCGGAAAGGAGCUCUAGCACAAGGCAGAGCUCUACGCCCAGGACUCAGAGCACCACGGCGGCGGCAGUCUUCAUCUGAAGCCAGAGAGUCCCUGCCGACCCGAGAUGUAUCUGCAGGCCAUGCCAAGGGCUCUGCGCACAACCUGGCACUGGCAGCCACGGCCUCCCCAAGCAGAUCUACUUCAUCCCCAAAUUCAAGGUUAAGAAGAUCCUUGACUGUGUCUCAAGAUCCAGAACAUUCCUUGACAGAGUAUAUUCACCAUCUAGAAAUGAUCCAGCAAAGACUGACAGGGGUGGUACCAGAUUCUACUUCAAAGAAAUCCUGUCACCAGAAGAUUAAAUAAUGAAUAAAAUCCUGUGGCUUUAACCUGUGACAAUUCUAUUUGAGGAAAAGAUGUUUUUCCCUAAGGAAAGCUCGUAGUGUGCCCUGUAACACUAUGUAUGUGCUGUGAUGCCGGCCCUGAUGCCACCAAGCGUUCCAACCUCAUCACGCUGCUGCAGAGCCUCACAGAGAGCUCUCUGUGGCCUGAACACUCUGGCUUCUCACCGUCCCUGAGCCAUGGCUGUGCCCUAUCUGUGUACCUCUUCCAAGCAGGGAAGUGGAGAGUGGUUUCCAGUUGUUUAUUUCUUAGAGUGUACAGAUGGAAACAUCCUUUAGAAGUGAAACCAUUUACCCUCCCCACACACAUAUACACACACAGGAAGGAAAGAAAGAAUAAAGUGUAAGACUGUUCUAUUGUGGAUGGCUUUGUGUUGUUCUUUUUAGUUCAGCCAGUUUG